UCGGCAUAUUUUGGGUUGAUGAAUACUGCUGGGAACACAAGCCGUUGCGAGUCAACCUGACCCGGGGUAUAUUUGUUAUUCUCUCUGUAUCUUCUCUCUCUCCCAAUUCUCCAGGUUUCCUCCCAUUCUUUCCGACCCGUCUCACAUUUCCCGUAUUUCCGUAACGUUUCGGCCGGUCAACAUGGGGUUCAAUACAGAGUUGACGCGCCGGCUCGGUAUCACAGUCCCCAUCGUGCAGGGUGGCAUGCAACAUGUGGGGUACGCAGAGCUGGCAAGUGCUGUGUCCAACGCGGGCGGGUUGGGCAUCCUUACGGCCCUGAUCUGGCCUGAGCCCGAGGGUCUGCGACAGGAGAUUCGCCGGUGCAGGAAGAUGACCAGCAGGCCAUUCGCCGUCAACAUCACCCUGCUCCCGGCAUUGGUUCCGCCCGACUACGAGGCUUACGCCCAGGUCGUCAUCGAUGAGGGCAUCAAGAUCGUCGAAACCGCCGGCAACUCCCCCGGCCCAGUGAUUUCUAAGCUGAAGAAGGCAGGCUGCAUCAUCCUGCACAAGUGCACCGCCAUCAGGCACGCCCUGAGCGCCGUCAAGUUGGGGGUCGAUUUCCUCAGCAUCGACGGCUUUGAGUGCGCCGGUCACGUCGGCGAAUCCGACAUCACCAACUUCAUCCUCCUCUCCCGGGCCCGGCAGACGCUCAAGAUCCCCUUCAUCGCCUCGGGCGGCUUCGCCGACGGGCAGGGCCUCGCGGCGGCGCUGUGCCUGGGCGCGUGUGGCAUCAACAUGGGCACGCGGUUCCUGUGCACCGUCGAGGCGCCCGUGCACCAGGCCAUCAAGGAGACCAUCGUGCGGGCGCAGGAGACCGACACGGCCCUGGUGCUGCGGCGCUGGCGCAACACGACGCGCCUGUUCCGCAACCGCGUGACCGAGGAGGCCCUCCGCGUCGAGCGCGAGAGCACCACGGGCGAGUUCGCAGAGGUCGCCCCCUUCGUCAGCGGGAAGCGCGGCAGGCAGGUCUUCCUCAACGGGGACCCCGAGUACGGCGUCUGGACCGCCGGCCAGGUCAUCGGCCUCAUCCACGACAUCCCCACCUGCAAGGUCCUGAUUGAGAGGAUAGAGCGCGAGGCCGAGGACACCCUGAGGGAAAAGCUCGGCAUGGCUGCCCUGUCGUCGCAAAGCAAGUUGUAGGUUUGCGACGAGACGGAGGGUGUAGAAUGAGGCUGAGGUGGUUUGGGGGGAGAAGCGGUGGUAGUAGGGGAAAGAAGGAUGGAGUAUUUCGAGAUCCUAUCUGUAGGAUAGAUAGUAGACCCAUCGUGGCAGUUAGAUAUAGCAUCAUCAUUUUUGCCCAUUACGACCAACAACGACGCAUCACGGCACGAUAAAACUAACUGUAUACCAAC